UAAACCAGAGGCGCUGACACUCCGCCACACGAUGGGACCUUCCCAACUCGCCGGGCUGCGUCUGGAUGCGUUCAUUUACGAUUUGGGCUCCCAAACUGGACUUAUUCUCCCAGCUCCGUGGGCCUGAGGACACUUGCCGCACAGAACCUUUGCGAUUAGUUAUUAAUGGAUGGUGGUUUAAGCGCUGAGGAGUUUCCACUGCGACCCUAGAAGAGCGAGCACUGUCACUGCGCACUUUCAGGACAAUGUAUGGGAUAAACCGGCGCUGCUUUUACAUAUCGUUUCACUUCUUCGUGGUGUGGUGUCACGCACAGGGGGAGAAUCCCCCUUCUCCUAAUUUUAAGCAGCAUGUGAGGCAGCAGGGGGCGCAGUCGGACGGGCUCAGCCGGCGCCAGCUCCGGGUCUACCAGCUCUACAGCCGCACCAGCGGACGACACGUCCAGAUCCAGGGGAAGAGAGUGACCGCCACGGCCGAGGACGGCAGCGCUUACGCCAGGCUGUAUGUGGAGACAGACACGUUUGGCAGUCGAGUUCGGAUCAAAGGAGCCGAGAGCGGCCGAUAUCUGUGUAUGAACCGCAGGGGGAAACUGGUGGGCAAGGUCAGCGGAAAGGGCAGGGACUGUAUCUUUACAGAGAUUGUCCUGGAGAACAACUACACAGCUUUCCAGAAUGCCAAAUAUGAGGGCUGGUAUGUGGCUUUCACCAGGAAAGGAAGGCCAGUCAAGGCCUCCAAAACGAAGCAGAACCAGAGAGAGGUCCACUUCAUCAAGCGGCUGCACAAAGGGCCGCUUCCCUUCCCCAACUCGGACCAGCCCAAACACUUCGAGUUCGUCAGCUUUCCUCCAAUACGGCGAGCCAAGCGCAACAGGAAAUCGCACGCGGCUUCCUAACGCUGGGCACCUCAAACCUACAG